CGUCUGGCAACUCUGGGAUCAGCUGUUUGAAAACUUGCAACUUUAUUUCCAAACAAAUACACAUUUCAAUUUGAUUUCCCCAAGGAAAUAUAGUCGGAUUAAAGCCAAACUCUAUGAGCCUUAUUCGCGGAGGACUUGGCUCGUCCUUGAGGCCCAUUCUCCGCGCUCUCCACCCCCUGCUCGCCAACAAAAACAUCGAAGCACAAAGGUCACCGCUGAUAAGCAAGCGUUUUUACGCCGGCAAAAAGAGAAGGGAGAUGGAUUUGAAGUAUCUAAAUCAAAAGGAGGCCAUCGACGUGGACCAGGAGCUCUUCACGGAGUACAAGUUCAGUGUGGAUCAGCUAAUGGAGCUGGCCGGCUUGAGCUGCGCCCACGCGGUGGCCAAAUGCUUCCCAGCGGAGAAGCAUCCACGGAUUCUCGUUUGCUGUGGACCGGGCAACAAUGGUGGCGACGGCUUGGUGGCCGCCCGGCACCUCUCCUUGAUGGGCUACACACCAACCAUUUACUAUCCCAAGCCGACGGCCAAGCCGCUCUUCGAGAACCUCAGCCACCAGUGCCAAAUGAUGGACAUCUGCGGCGUGAAGGAGUGUCCUUCGGUGGCGACUGCCGCCAGUGACUAUGACCUCAUCCUGGACGCGCUCUUUGGAUUCAGCUUCAAGCCGCCAGUGCGAGCGGACUUUGUCGCCGUCGUGGAACUGCUGCAGCAGACCAAACUGCCAAUUGCCAGCGUGGACAUUCCCAGCGGCUGGGAUGUGGAGAAGGGCAAACUGACUGAAUGCGAUGUGGAACCGGCUCUGCUCAUUUCCCUGACUGCGCCCAAGCUUUGUGCCCGCCAUUUCCGCGGAGAACAUCACUACCUGGGCGGCAGAUUCGUGCCGCCCGCUCUGCAGCGCAAAUACGGACUGAAUCUGCCCACUUAUCCGGGCAACGAACUGUGCGUCAAGCUGUGAUUUAUACAUGUGAGAAUGGGAAUGAUGGAUAUAUCCAAAUAAACGAUGGAGUCUUGA